AUGAUCGACCACUUCACCAGAUGGCCCGAGGCUACGUCUAUCCGCGACAUCACCGGAGCGACGGUCGCCAGGACCUUCCUCAGCACCUGGAUCUCCCGUUUCGGCACGCCGGAUACCGUCACUACCGACCGCGGCGCCCAGUUCGAGUCGGAACUCUGGCGCCAGCUGAUGGUACUAAUCGGUUCCAAGAGGUGGGUCGACCAACUCCCCCAUGUCCUCCAUAACAUCUGGACAUCCUUCAAAGAGGACCUGCAGUGCACCGCUGUGGAAAUGGUCUACGGAACAACGCUCGCCCUCCCUGCAGAUUUCAUCGUCACAGCCGGCAACUUCGAACCAGGAACCUUCAGCAAACAACUCUGCGAACGGAUGACCCCGGUACGCAGCCGACCGACGAGACCCACCUGA